AUGCUGGACGAACGCGAGCUGGCCAUCAAUCCUGUCGUGCAGGAGAGCAUGAUGCACAAUGCCAGGACAGUUUCCAACAUCCGCUCUCUGACUGCCUCUCUCUUUGGUGUUGCUGCUGGAACUCUUGGUCUUGAGUCAUUCCCCGGCUUUCUCUUCUACGCUCUGGGCUCCCUCGUCGUCUCCCUGCUCAUCUUCUCCCUUCGCGCCAACAUCCAGCCGAAAUCAUACUUCCACUCGCCCAUCGCUGACCUUUGGAUCGGCGACCUGUUUGGAGUGCUUGAGGCACGUCUCGAACAGGCCAACCUUCUCAAGAAGGUCGUCGAAGCCAUCAAGGACCUUGUCCAGGACUGCAACUUCGAAUGCAACGACUCCGGUGUCGGCCUCCAGGCCAUGGACAACUCACAUGUCGCCCUCGUUUCCAUGUUGCUCAAGGCCGACUCCUUCUCCCCCUUCAGAUGUGAUCGCAACAUCGCCCUCGGAAUCAACCUUGUUUCCCUGCAAAAGGUCCUUCGCGCUGCCCAGGACAAGGAUAUCCUGACCCUCAAGGCCGAGGACUCGCCUGAUGUCGUCAACCUGGUCUUCGAGAGCUCCGAGAGCGACAGAAUCAGCGAGUACGACAUUAAGUUGAUGGACAUUGACCAGGAGCACCUUGGUAUUCCUGACACCGACUACGCCGCUUCCAUUACUCUUCCCUCGGCUGAGCUCCAGCGCAUCUGCAGAGAUCUGUCUGCCCUCUCAGAGUCCGUCAACAUCGAAUGCACAAAAGAGGGAGUCAAGUUCGGCUGCACUGGCGACAUUGGCUCGGGAUCCGUCACCCUUCGCCAGCACACCAACGUCGAGAAGGAGGACCUGAACGUCGACAUCCAGCUGUCAGAGCCCGUCUCUCUCACCUUCUCACUCAAGUACCUUGUCAACUUCUGCAAGGCUAGCGGUCUUUCAAGCAGAGUCAAGUUGUGCCUUUCGACUGAUGUGCCGCUCAUGGUUGAGUACUCGCUUGCAAACAACAGCUACCUGAGAUUCUACCUCGCCCCCAAGAUUGGUGACGAGGAGUAA